UAUAGCUGCUUUAUACGAAUAUUCGAAAAGGAAAAUCUAUAUUGUGAAAUGCAAUAAAACACGGAAAGCAAAAUUUAGCUCCGCCUUUCACUUCUCUGAAAUUUGCAGUUCGUUUACAUUUACAGCCUGCGACGGCGUUUUUUUUGAAGCAAAACCAAACAUUAAGGUCACUUAACAACUGGCCUCACUAGCAUCUUGGCAGUAAGAAAAUUGUUAGAAAUUUAUUCAACCAGAAAAAAACAAAUAAUCAGAUGAACAUUGACAAUCAUUGAAAUGAUUUGGGAGGAAAUCCAAAGAACAAUUGUUAAGUGUUUUGAAAUAUUAACCACAUCUUUGAUACGACACAGAGGGUUGGCUACGUACAAAAGGGCAAAAUAAAUGUGGCUUUCUAAAAAAAAAAAUAAAAAAAAAAAAAAAUAAAAGAAAAAUGAAAAUUGUUUCUUUAUGUAAAAGAAUUGAAAUAAUGGCACAAAAUAACAUUCAACAUACUUCUCUUUCAUUACUGGUUCUGUUAAAUGGCCAUAAAGAAAUUCUUUAAAAAGCCAUUCAACCGUAAAAGAAUAAAGGACAGAAAACAUCUUAUUAGCUAACGCUCACUACAUACAUAUAAAGCCAUUUCAUAAAAACUGAAACGUUCAUAGAAAACGUCGUUACUUGAAUGCAAACACUUAACGGAUAAUGAUCGACGGUCAGCCAAUAGCAAUAACAAUCAUCGUUCAACUGGAAUUCGUGAUAUAUUUUACUAUAAAAGGAAAUUUAGCCUGUUUCAAGGAGGAGGAGGACAUGUUCAAGCGUUAUAUUCAAAUCGCAAUUAAAUUAGUAUGUGUGUGUUUGAUGCUCAGAAACAAUUUAGAAAUUCCUGGAACAUUUUCUCUUAAUACGUACUCAUCAAAUAUCCCAAGUGAAAUAAAAAUUUAUGAUAACAGAAGAGAAAUUCCCCAUCGAUCAGCAAGAAAUUCCCAAAGCAAUAAAACUGAACAUAUUAUUAAGCACACAAGGCAAACAUAUGAACAAGGAAAGCAGCAUACAACCAAGACAACAACUAAUGCCAAUCAUAACAAAUUGUGGUUGUCCUCAACCGAAAGUAUACAACGAGAAUCCCUAAGGCGGGCACCGAAGGAGUUGAAUUUUGCAUAUGUGCUAGAGCAACGUGGCAAAGGACAAAAUUGCUGUGUUUAUGAACAUCUGCAUAAUGCCAGCAUGAAUGGGAAGUCAUCGCUGUCAGGUGUAAAGAAAGUCGAUAAUAACUCUCACGAUGUGAAUAUCAAUAACUUGAGGUUAACUGAAACGGUUUUAGCCUUGCAUCACGCUUUAGAUAAAAUAAGCAAAUUCUGUGCAUUUCUAAAGCAACUAAUUGUCCAGAAAACCCAUAGUCGUUUCAAUGAAAGCGGCAGCAUUAAUGAUGUCUACAUCGAUAAUAAGCUGAUACCCUCUGACACCUUCAUAAGUGAUGACAAGCAAGGGAAACAAUUAAAGGACGCACAUGCGGCCUCUUUAAAAGAGGAUUCCCGCCACAGUUACAAAAAUAGCAAAACCUCCUCACCAAUAUCAACUUUAUCGAUACUUGCGACGGAUGCUGGGCAUAGGCUUGAAGCUCGUAAAUUGAGAAAAGUGAAAAAAAAAUAUCGCAAAUUUUUAUUUCCUCUACUUCUGGCUUAUAAGCUAAAAUUCUUCACGCUAAUCCCAGUGUUAAUCAGUGGUCUAAUCCUGUUGGUAGCCUCCACUGGUUUAGCCGGUUUCUUCUUUGCCCUCUUUACCGCAGUGAUGAGUUUAAAGGGCACUGGUGGGAAAGCAGUUGUCGUCCAAGAAUAUUAAUUAACUUUAAAGAAUUACUUUAUUCUAAUGAAAUAACUCCUAUUGUUUCUUCUGAACUUCGUCUAUCUGACUUUAGGAAAGGAAAAAAUUCAAGUCAACUAUUUUUGAAUAAAAUUCAAUCAUCAUUGAAAGACAAUUCGAACGUCUUCAUAUCCGGCAACAUAAAAUAUGCAAACUAAAGUGUUUUGUGUGCGUGCAUGCCUCGAAGUAUAUACAUGCGCCAAACAUAUGCUUUUAAGUAAAAAUCGUAUAACAACUGAUAAUUAUAAAGCACAACAAACCUAUAACACUGAAUAUCGCGGAAAAUCAUAAGCAAAGUGAACUGCACGGAAUUAAUUAACCACCAACAUCACGUUUAGCGAUAGAUCAUCCAUGCCAUAGACCUGAAAAAUUGGCAUAUGUUGCUUUCAUAACAACACGCACAC